AUGGACAGUCCCAUAAAGUGCCUGGGCAAGUGGUUUGAUUCGAGCCUUAGUGACAAAGCAAACGUAGUGCGCAUCAGAUCACAGCUCCAGGAAGGGCUGAAACAAAUCGACAAAUCCGCUUUACCAGGAAAGUUCAAGGCAUGGCUCUUCCAGAAUGCACUUCUCCCCAGACUGAUGUGGCCCCUUAUGCUAUAUGAAAUACCUACAUCCUCUGUCGAAUGCUUGGAGAGAACGAUCAGCAGACACCUGCGCCGAUGGCUGGGAGUACCACCAAGCUUAACCAGCAUCGGAUUGUAUGGGCGACCCAACAAGCUACAACUCCCGCUAUCAUCACUAGUGGAGGAGUUCAAAGUUGCAAAGACACGACUGGUAGUGACGCUCAAGCAAUCGCAGGACAGUUCAAUCCGAAAUGCUGGGAUUGAAACUAGGACAGGGAGAAAGUGGUCAGCAAGCCAAGCAGUCGAACAGGCCGAGAAAAGACUCCAGCAAAAAGACAUUGUCGGCAUCACAGCUGUAGGCAGACAGGGGCUAGGCAGCUUCAAGAUAACAUUAUGGAGUUCUGUUGGAAACAUGGCAAGGAGGAGAAUGGUGCAAGAUGAAGUCAGAGCAGCACAAGAAGAAGGCAGAAGAGCGAAAACUGUGGCUAUGGGUGCCCAAGGUGCGUGGAUGAAGUGGACAACGACAGAAAAAAAUCUGACCUGGGCUGAUAUUUGGAGCUACGAACCUCUGAGGAUAGCGUUCCUGCUCAGAUCAGUCUAUGACCUGCUACCGUCACUCUCAAACCUGCACAGAUGGGGUCUACAGGACCACCCCAAGUGCCAAUUGUGUGAAAAGACAGGAACCAUGGAACAUAUUCUGUCAUCGUGUACCACAGCCCUCACCCAAGGACGCUACAGGUGGAGACACGAGAGUGUUCUUCAGGAACUCGCUGACAAGUUGGAACGCGAGAGGACCAAGAAAAGGCCCAGACAGAAACCCCAAAUGAUUCAGUUCGUGAAGGAAGGACAAAAGGCGCCUAAAUAA